AUGCUCGGGAGUGUCGAUUGCAUGCAUUGGCAAUGGAAGAAUUGCCCUGUGGCGUUGAGGGGGUCAUACACGAGCGGCCACAAAGGCACCCACCCCACCGUUAUACUCGAGGCCGUCACCAACUACCGGCUAUGGAUUUGGCAUGCGUAUUUCGGGGUCCCCGGCUCGAACAACGACGUCAACGUGCUCAAUAACUCCGACCUCUUCUCUGAAGUUCUGAAUGGUAAAGCGUCGGCCAUCAACUUCAUCGCUAACAAUCGCCAGUAUAAAAUGAGGUACUAUCUUGCCGAUGGCAUCUAUCCGAAGUGGCCAACCUUCGUGAAGACGUUCAACAGGCCUGCGAACGAAAAGCAGUCUCUUGUUGCGCAGAAGCAAGAGGCUGCUCGCAAGGAUGUGGAGAGAUCUUCAUCAUCUUCUUCCUUAAACCCCCAGACCGUUUCUCGCUAUUUCUCUGCAAUUUAA